GAGUAGUCUGUUGAUUAGUUUCUAUUCCCAAGGGGAAGCUGUCUUUGUUCUUCAAGAUACUCUUUCGAUAUCAUUUCUGAAUGCGAAGGUGUAAUUUGUCGUCAAGUUCUUUCGGUUUUUAACCAAUAGUUCAGGCUCCUAGAGGGUUAAAUUACUGAGUGUUUCUACGGAAGGUCAUUUGAUUAUUUGCUACAGGCUCUUUGGGAAGACACAAACUGAGGCUGUCUGGCGCGUGAACAUUGGAACUGAUCAUAGUACAGCCGGGCUAAAAGAGCAAGAUCUUGCCCUGAUUUCACGACUGGCAUUCAACAAGCUACAGCCAAGAAACAAGGGAAUCUCAACUGGCCACAACAUUUCUUCAACUCAAGGGCUAUAAUUUGUGUCGGUGACAUUAUUAAUUCCAUCAAACUGUCUUGAUUAUAAAGACUCAACGACGCUCCCUAAACAAGCAGCCCAAGCACUCAACCGCAAAACCGUGUCAGCUGUUUCGAUCUGCUUAACUUUGAAGUCGUUUCUUCACGGAUCUAGCCGAGACAUUAGUCUCAUUUUGAGCUGAGAUAUUCUUCAGACUGUACUGAAUACGUUAAUUGUGCUGAAAAUGUCUGAUCAAGGUACAGAAAGAGGCCCAGGCCCGGUGAACGAAGAACAAAGUGAGAGGACAAGGCAAACGCAAAUCCGUAAGGAAAUCAAAAUUGCACCUAGCAGACCAGCAAAGACUAGUGGAGCCGCGAAGAGGAUUCAGCGGGAACUGGCCGAAAUAGCUCUCGAUCCACCCCCUAACUGUAGUGCAGGACCCAAAGGUGACAAUCUUUAUGAGUGGCACUCAACAAUUCUUGGUCCUCAGGGAUCUGUGUAUGAAGGAGGAGUCUUCUUCCUCGAUAUUCAAUUCUCAUCUGAUUAUCCUUUUAAACCACCAAAGGUGACUUUUCGAACCAGGAUUUACCAUUGCAACAUAAACAGCCAGGGUGUGAUCUGUCUGGACAUUUUAAAAGAUAACUGGAGCCCAGCUCUAACCAUCUCCAAAGUUCUUCUCUCGGUUUGUUCCCUUCUUACCGACUGCAAUCCAGUUGAUCCUCUUGUUGGCAGCAUAGCAAACCAGUACAUCAACGACAGACAGGAACAUGACAAGAUUGCUAAGGAGUGGACUAAGAGAUUUGCGACUUAAAUAAAUAAAGAUACAGCUCACUUAUUUAUACACAAUAAUUAUUUUAAGGACAUAUUUUCAGGAUGGUGAUAAAAGCAAUCCUGUAUGUACAUUAAUAAAUGUACUAGAUUAUUUUCAACUUUCAUGUGGUACUGUAAUGAUUUGACAUCAGGCACCCCUGUCAAAUACACGCUACAAUGAGCAUAUUUGUUAUUUCGAUAAGCUCCAUAAUUCUGAUCAUUGAGUCCCUGCUAUUUUGUUGAGAUCCAACAUUAAAAUAUGUGCACACUGUAAGUACCACUUAUUAGAUAUUGUGGUACCAUGGUUUGCUUGAGAGAACAAAACAAGAUAGAAUUCUGGUAUGUGUAGUUUCUAAUGAACAGUCCGUCAUUUCCCUUUAGUUUGCUGAGCAAGAAACAAAAAAAGAAAGGGGAGGAAUAAUGGGUAUGCCUAUUGCCUCAUUAAUAAAUGUUUGCUGCCAGGUCUCUACAGCAAGAAAAGGGCCCCGGGUUGCUGUACAUGCACACAGUCUAUAUAUUAUAUAGCUAGUAAAGAUCAUUAUUAAAAAAUAAAUGCUACUGCUCAUGAAUGUUAGGGAAAAUUUGCAUCAUUUUGGUACCAAAACGUCCCACUCUUGUCUAUAAAUGUCUGCAUCUAAGUCUUGCAAACUUCAUGCCAAGUGUACUAAAAUAAAUUAUGUUACUUUUUUUUUUUUUGCUAAUAAUAAAUCUAAUUAUGUAUAUUUUUUGUAAAUUCUCUUUUAAAUAUGACAGUGGUUUUCAACUGUCUUGGUUAAAUACCUUUUCACCUGUCUUGUGCUCAGUGUAUCCCCUUCCUUUAUGAUCUUAGUAUUUUUCCACUGAGUAAGAUCUGAUGCAGGACUGGCCAGCCCGAUCAGUGCAAUGCAGUAAUUGUUAGAGAGCAUUAUUGGAAAUAUCUAUAACAACUUUUAAUUAUGCUUGAUCCAGCUACUUUAGUAUUGGUCAACUCGAUAUGGCUCUCGGAAUCUGACUGAUUACAGUACUGUUGAACCUUCACUAACGGACACCUCCAGGAGACAGACAGCCUUUGGUUCCAGCCAUGUACAAACAGUGUAUUUUUUACUGUCAAUAGGCGGACAACUCUCUAAAGCAAACACUUCUUCUGGUCCCAGUCAUGUCUGCUUACUGGAGGUUCAACUGUAUUGUGAAUAUAUCAACAGGGAAGGAGAUUGGGCAGUUAAACAUUAAGGCCUUUUUUGUUAUGUACAAAGGAAACAGUUCAAAGUUAUUAUAUAACUCAGACUGUGAUCGUUCCAGAAAAUAACAUUUAGCUUGCUAAUGAGAAGGGCUAGUAUAAAGGUGUUUGUAUUAACACCUAAUUACUUGUUUUGCUAUGCUUAUCGGAAAAAUUAGCCACCAAAUUAUUUGCAUAAAAAGAUGGCAGACUUGCAAUUUAUAUGUGAAAUGUAAAGCUUGUAAAAAUGUAUUGUAUAAAAAUGUUAAUUAAUUAUGACAAUUAUUAUUAUUAUUAUUAUUA